UGCUGUACUGAACGGUAACUUCGGUCCUCUACAGUGCUUUUCAUCAGAAUUCCUCACUGAAGGUCACACAUGCAUUGACCUUUUUGACAAACGACAUACACAACCAUGUAUCGCUGUCGCCACGAUCAAGAGGAGGAUCCAUACGCAAGUGGGAACGAAAACCGCCGGCGAAAUCGCGACCGACUGAACGAAGAUAUCGAAAGAUACAACUACCUCAGACGACUCAGUAGAGGAGGAUCUGGACCGCCGUUCGGCGGGCCACUAGGCAUGCCAGGCGGUAUGUAUGGACUUGGACCAUCAGGACCACCUCCUUUUGGCCUGGGAUCGGGUGGGCCUGGCUUCGGGCCAGCUUUGAGCAAUUUCUGUGGACCUCCCGGACCUCCCAGGCCUCCUGGGUUUCCAGGGAUGUUUGGUCCUCUACUCUACCCCCCACCUUCUUACGACGACUCCGAUUCAGACGAUGAUGAGUCUCCCUCACCAUGGUAUCCUCCGCCACCGCCACCAUGGUAUGGAGCCAGCCCGUUGUCUACGCGGAGGCUUCCUCCGCGAUCUCUGUACGGCAGACGCUAUGGCCGAGGGUUUGGCGGUCCUUAUGGGAGGUACUACAUGGAUCAUUAUGAUAAUCACGACUAUGGUUAUAUGCCUAGACCCAUCUUCCCAUGUAGAGGUGGGGAAUAUUGAGAAGGAACGGGCAACUCAACCAACUAGGGAUGUUUACUGCCAUCUCACGACUCUUUAGCAAAAGCCGACUAUGGCAUCUCGUUAUAAAUCUCCACUCCGUGCGCUUAUGAAAUUCAAUCGCA